AUGGAAGCCCAACAAAACAACCAAAGCUUCAAGCUCGAAAACCUAUUUAAUGUCAAAAACAAAGUUCAAAAUAAAACCAAGCAUGAUCUAAUAAGAAUCACAAAAGUGGCCCUGAUAACCGGCGGCGGCUCAGGCAUAGGCCUAAUGGCAACGCAAGCGCUUGCCGUAAACGGCGCCAAAGUCUACAUAACAGGCCGCACCCAAGAAAAGCUCGACCGUGUAGUAGAGCUAUACAGCAAAAAUAUCACGGGCUCAAUCAUCCCUCUCACAGCCGACAUAACGAGAAAGGACGAGAUCGACAACCUAAGCAAGGAAAUCUCGUCCCGCGAAGGCCACCUCUCAAUCUUAAUCAACAACGCUGGCAUCGCCAACGAAUCCCAAGAAACAGAACACGAAGACGCAGGCAGACUUCGGGAAUCGCUGUUUGAAGAUUCGAACGCGACCUUUGCGCAGUGGGAUGAUGUUUUCCGGACGAAUGUCUCGCAGCUCUUCUUCAUGACAUCUGCGUUCCUCCCUCUUCUUCAGAAAGGCUCUGAGAUGGAUCAUGGGUGGUCCAGUACGGUGAUCAAUACGACGUCCAUUUCGGGACUUGUGAAGGUGUCGCAGCAUCAUUUUGCGUACAAUGCGUCCAAGGCGGCGGCUAUUCAUUUGACUAAGAUGCUUGCGCAUGAGGUUCAGAGUUCGAAUCUGAAGAUCCGUGUUAAUCAUAUCGCGCCUGGUGUUUUCCCUAGUGAGAUGACUGCUGGGGCUAGUGAUGAGAAACAGAAGAAUUUCAUUCCGGCUGAAAAGUACCAGGAGAAGGUUCCUGCUGCUCGCCCUGGAAAGGAUGAGGAUAUGGCUAGUGCGAUGCUCUUUGCUGUUACGAAUCAGUACUUGAAUGGGCAGAGUGUCGUUGUCGACGGGGGCUAUGUCCUUCGUGCUGGGUCUUUAUAA